CGUCCUCUUCCGCAACCCCGUAAAACCGUCCGAAACCAAAAACCACCAUGGACGAAGACCACCACCACGACCUAGACGCAGUCGAGCCAUUCAACGAUGUCGCAGACAUUUGCCAACAGCUCAUGGACCGCUACAAAAAGUCCUCGGCUCCCCAGCACCGCCACCUCCUCGCCACCGCGGCUGCUAUGCGCGCCAUCCUCGCCGCCGAGUCCCUCCCCCUCACUCCACCUGCCUAUUUCGCUGCCACCAUCUCCUCCAUCGACGACAUGUCUUCAUCCGCGUCCCAGACCCUAGAACCCACUGCCACAGCGGCGCUGUUGUCGUUCUUGGCCAUGGUGCUCCCGUUGGUGCCUCCGGGGAGCGUCUCGUCGGCCAAGGCGGGCGAGGCUGUGUCGAUGCUGAUGGGACUUCUGAAGAGAGAGGAGGAGCUAUCCAUGCCCGCUGUGAGGGCUUUGGUAAAGUGCUUGGGGGUUUUGGUAGGGUUUUGUGAUUUGGAGGAUUGGGGAUCUAUCAAAUUGGGAUUGGAGACGUUACUCAAGUUUUCCGUCGAUCGGCGGCCCAAGGUCCGGAAAUGUUCUCAAGACUGUCUCGAGAACGUUUUUAAGUCGCUCCAGUCCCGCACUGUUAUCAAGGAGGUUAGCAAGUUGAUACUGUCUAAGCUCAAAGGAUACAUGCCUUUGGCGGUUGAAUUAAGUGCUUCACAGACAUCAGAUGGACCUAAAAAUCUAGAGGUCCUUCACAUGCUAAAUGUGGUGAAACUUACCAUUCCCUUUCUGUCAAAGAAAGUCGGUUCAAAGCUUCUCUCAGAAAUAAAUGAGCUUGUUGUUUCACGGUUCUCAACACUCACAAGGCAUGUACUCCAAAUUAUUGAAACGUUGUUUGAGAGCUCAAGAGCUAAUGCCAUUGUUUCUGAAACAGAGGCGACUAUAGCUUCUCUUGCUUCAUACGUGUCUUUGGGAGAUGAGGUUCCCUCGGACACUGUCAUGUUGGCAGCAACCUUGUUAAAAUCUUCUUUGUUUAUACUUCAUGCUGGAGAAUCGACAUCGUGGAUUAAUAGUCUUCCUCUAGUUUGUAGUUCUGUGGCAGGUCUUCUGACUUCUGAGGCUAGCACUGCAUCACACGCUUCAGAUAUUCUUAAAGAGCUGAUAAGCCAAUUUGUGGAUCAAAAAAGUCUGCUGGUGGGUGAAAGCCAACCUUCAGAUGAUGAAGCACAAGAGACUAUGAAAGCAAGUGCACUAAUAUCAAUCUGUACUGCUUUUGAGGAUGCCCUUAGAACUUGUAAAGGAGUGCCAAAUGAGCAUCUUUUGGGGGUUAUAUCGGCAUUGUUCCUCAAGCUCGGAGGAAUCUCCUAUGUCUAUAUGAGAAAUAUUCUUCUCAACCUUGCCAACUCAAUGACCCUUGCUAGUGGGGACAAAUCUAACACCGAUCAUCUUCAGAAGUGUAUUGGAACUGCUGUAAUUGCAAUUGGACCUGAGAGGAUACUUGAACUUGUUCCUAUAUCUCUCAAUGCUAGUGACUUCACCUGUUCAAACAUUUGGUUGGUACCUAUUUUGAAAGAUUAUGUUGUUGGAGCAUCACUUGGUUACUAUAUGGAGCAUAUUAUGCCUCUUGCAAAUUCCUUUUGUCGGGCCAGUGGUAAAGUUAAAAAGUCAAUAACCAGUCAAGAUCUACAGGCUCGUGCACGUGAUCUGUUGGGAUUGCUGCCUGCUUUCUGUAAUCUUCCAACUGAUAUAUGCCAAAAAUUUCGACCGUUGGCUGAGAUUUUAGUAACAUUUCUUAAGGACUCCUUAAUGCAUGAAAAUAUUGCAGUUGCCUUGCAGGUUCUUGUGAAUCAGAACAAAAGUGUACUUGACCAAAAAGAUGGUGCUGGUGACACGAAGUCCUAUGCAGUAAACAAAUCUUUGUUAGAGUUCGGCAACUUACCCACUUAUUCAAAGAAAACUGCUACCAGAAACAUUAAGGCUUUGACAUCAUGUUCUUCUGAGCUGCUUAUUGCUCUAACAGACUUAUUUCUUUAUUCACCCCCUGAGAAGCGUUUAUAUCUAAAGGAUGCCAUAGGAUGCUUGGCUUCAGUAACUGAUUCUUCCAAUGCCAAGAAGAUUUUUAUAUCAUUGCUUGAGAAGUUCCAGUUCAAAGAUAGUAGGCAUGAGCUUGGAAAGUUGGAGAGUCAGACUGAUGCAUCAGCUGGUGAGGAAGAACACAACCUAAGUACUAGAGAGAAAGAUGCUCUGCGAUGCGUGAUGAUGGAAUUAGCAUCUUCUUUUGUUAAAGGAGCCAAUGAGGAUCUUAUUGAUCUAAUAUAUACGUUUGCUAAAGAUACUUUACUGAACGAUGAUGAGAUCGCCAUUUAUGAAGCAUAUCAUACUUUGAGCAGAAUUCUAGAGGAGCAUGAUUGGUUCUGUUCUUCUCGGUUUGCUGAAUUGAUUGAUCUGCUACUUGGUUUGAGAUCUCCUGUUGAUAUCAUAUCUCUAAGGAGUCGCUUUGCUAGUUUCCAGACUUUAAUGAUUCAUACUUUGAAGAUAGACUCAGAGGUAGAAAAUUCAAAGUCGUUUCUUAUUCUCAAUGAGAUCAUACUCAAGUUAAAAGAUGCCAAGGAUGAAGCAGUCAGGGAGGCAGCUUACGAUGUACUCCUCAAAAUAAGUGUUAGCUUGAGAGAUCCAUCGUGUGUCAGUUCAGAUGGACCUUACCAGAAAUUAAUUAAUAUGAUAAUGGGCUAUCUUACCGGUGCAUCACCUCACAUAAAGAGUGGAGCAGUGUCUGUGCUAUCAGUGCUGGUGUAUAAAGAUACAGAUAUUUGUCUUUCAAUGCCCGAUCUUGUUCCCUCUAUUUUAUCUUUGUUGCAAGGGAAAGCUUUAGAAGUUAUAAAAGCUGUUUUGGGCUUUGUAAAAGUACUAGUAUCCUGUUUAGAGACUAGACCUCUGCAACGGCUUCUUCCUGAUAUUGUCAAUGCAGUUCUCCCAUGGUCACCAGUUUCGAGACAUCAUUUCAGAUCAAAGGUUACAGUCAUAAUAGAGAUUUUGUUAAGGAAGUGCGGUACUGCAUCAGUUCAGUUUGCUACACCUGAUAAAUACAAGGGUUUCCUGAAGGGCAUUGUGGAGAGCCGCCAUAACAAGAAAUCUUCCAAGGAAGUUGCAGCAACCGAUAUAGACACGGGUCAUGCAGACACUACAACCAACAGGACGGAGGAUAAAAAGCGCAAGAGAUUUGGUAAGCCACAUGAAAAGAACGGAUCAAUGGAACAUAGAGAGAUGAAAAGGUUGAAGAGACACAUUCCUAACAACCAGAGAACCAACGACCUUCAUACUUCUGGCGGUGAUGGAUUCAAGUGGACUAAUAAAGGUAGGCAAUCUGAUCGAGUAAAAUCAAAUAAAGACGAGUCAGAAAGAAGUGGAAAGACAAAUAAAGAGAAAUAUAGUAAAGGUCCCGCAAGUGGCUUCAAGAGGAAGACGGAUAGCACAAAUACGAGGAAGGAUGCAGCUGCAAUGCCUAGACCUCACACUUCAUCCAAAUCAUUCAAACACAAGAAGGUUGGGAGAAAAAACUAGAUAGUUCAGUAGGGAUUUCCUCGAUAUGGGAUUGCUCCUGCAUAUGUGGAGCGUAACAAAACCUGCACCUUCCUGCCCCAUAACAUUACCCAUGAGUUUCUUUUUCACAUGGAGCUUUGCAGUUUAAAGAUAUGGCAAUGUGGCAUCUUGCUCUCCAUCUAGGGCCCGAGUAGGAUUGGCUUUCGUACUUCCGAUCCUUUCGGAGAAACCUGAAGCAAAUGCCUUGGUUUAGUGGAAGCUGAUUCUUGCUAUAUUUGGGUCUAGGGAUUAGCUUGACGGCUUUUAUGUACCCAUUUUUUGUUUCCCCUACAUGUGUUUUGUGUUUGAUAUGUUUGUUUAAUUUAAAUAUUUGGUGGUAUACACCGUGCAAUUUUAUUUGUGUUUUCUUGUGAUCUUGUAGUUCUCUUGUAGACGAGGCAACUUGAUAAAGAAGAAAAGAUGGAUUGUUAAAGUGGAUUUUUGAUUUA